UCUCGCGCUCACGGGGUACACAAUCCAGCCGCCACACUCACGCGUCUUCUAACGACGAAGCGAAGCGCCAGAACGACGUCAAGUGCCAGAACGACGUGUGCAAUCGCCUAUCCCGCACGGACAGCGACACAUUAACCACUACAAUAAAACAUUCGUGUUUGUGUUUUUUUUCCGUAUUUUUCCGUACCGAUUCUAUCGCGUCUUCGUUAACCGGUGCGCGCUGAGCCACCCCGAACCCAGAGCUCACUCUAUCUCUUUCGAGACUUCGCCGCACGAUUUUUUUGCAAACAAUAAAUUCUGCGGUCUUCCGGCGCACAAUUCUCUGCAAAUUUUUUUUAUACUGUUUCACCCGCACACACGCUGCUGGGGAGUAGAAGAUUUUAGUGAAAUUUCGAUUAUAUUUUUUAUUGUCCGGCGACAUAAGUCAUAACCGCCACCGUCGUAUAUAACACGUCGAUGACGAUCUUUAUGCCAACCACAAUGAUGAUGCUGACACCACGGUUACUAGUUGCCAUGGCUGUGCUGUGGGUGGUUACUGUCACGGUGCAGUCCCGGCCCACCGUCGAUUCCGGGGAACCGGAACUAGAAGAGUCCGCGGAACCUCCACCCGAUCCCACGGUCUUGAUGGUGCCUGUACGUGUACUCACCGAUCCGGAUUCGUCGUUUGGCAAAAUUUUGCGCAAUCAACUGCGUACCAUGUCCGAUCACGAUCUGUCCGUCCUGGAGUCGAGUCUACAAACCGGAACCAAAACCGAUCGCUCCGAAGACGACGACGUGAUGAUGGGGGAUAUGCCGUCGGCAGACGAUCCGCAGGACUCGUCGUCACCAGCUACCUCGCUUGGACUAGCCACAGUGACGCCGGACGAUUACACCGACGAGAUGUUGCGCAGAGAAAGCCCCGAGUCUACAGAUCCCGAGGUCAGUGACAAAAAUCUCAGAAUUCAAACCAUUCACAAUCAGAUGAUAAACUUUAUGGGAAGGAACAUCCCCCAAAUACUUUCACCGAGUCCAAUGAUGAAGCCGGGUCCGAUACCUAUUCAACAAAGAGAUGCCAUAAGAAUAUUUUACGACAACUUAAAUAAUUUUCCAACUUAUCCUUCUGAUGCGUUUACUGAAAAAACUCAAAGCUUUUAUCCUACUUGUGACUUGCCAAGACACACAAACGAAGAAGUCUGGAAUACAAAGGAAUCAAUGAAUUUAAUGUUUAAUAUUAGUUUACCCAAGUCGUCUAAGGGUAUCUCAAUAAACGUAAAUAUGGCUAGACUCAGGCUCUAUAAACAAUUCGUAUCUUGUUAUUCACAAUCGAGUAAUGAGACCGAUGAUUCUCAAGCAUGUCCGUCGACAUUUUAUGUAGAAACUAUGAAACAACCCAACACUAAUUUAUCUACAGCUGGUGUAGUACCGUUAAUAAUGGACGAGAGACAAAUUCGUGUAUCAAUUUAUGCAUACACCAGAUCACUUAAGAGAAAAAGAGUAAAGAGAAAGUUAUUGGAUAGUCGUAUGGUCCCAUACUAUAGUGAAAAAUGGACAGAAUGGAACAUUCGUAAUGCAGUAAAAGCUUGGCACAAGAACCCAGUUCGUAAUUACGGAAUCAAUGUUGAAGUUGAAGAUGAAGAUGGCAAUUUAUUGCCAGUCAGCAAAUUUUUUAGACCCAUGAAUUGCUCGGGAGAUGCGCAAAUGAUGACCCCGAAGCCAGUGCCUGGGUUCAUAAUGGAGGCAGUGCACAAUGGUUACGGCAACCCGACUAUCACAGCCAACAAUACUAACGCAAACACGGUCGACGCAUUCGCGCUCAGCUUCAAUAUGCACCGGUAUCCAAUAAUGGACAUUACCACGGUAGAAGUGCCGGAAUCAGAAGUGAACAACGCAAUGCUUUACCAGUACGCAAAGAACACGUUCGAACAAGUGGGUGGUAGUGACACAGUUUCGGCGCCUUACUUACCGGCGGGGCAAGGAGACCAGGGUAACCAGCACCGGAUCCGGCACGGUAGUCGGCAACACCAAAACAACGGCACCAUACCCGGAAGUCUGUCCAGGGACGGCCACGAGCUACGCGACCAGAUCAUUGUGCAAGGCGUAAUCCAGCGGAAUGUGCAGCACAAACCACAGACCACCGAAAUUCCGGACUUUGGAUAGUUAUGGCAGAGUUAGACGACCAAAAAUCAUAAUAUGUUAUACGUGUGCACAGUGUGUUUUUAAAACAUCUAUUUUAGACUCACCGGUGCAAAUAAGAUGAUAGUUGGCUUGGGUAAAUUUUAUACACUUCUCCAAACAAACAAUAUUUUAAAAGUAAUCUUAAUCCGCUUCCCACCCUGAUAUUACAGCAAUAUGCGUUAAUUUAAUUUUGUAUCUUAUUAGGUGUAUUUAUUUUAUUUUAAUACUAUAUUUGUUUAAAAAUAAAUUUAUAAAGCUUAAAUAUUACUCAUAUAGUCGGAUAACAUAUUACCGGUUCACAAUUUAAAAAAAUAAAUACUCUGUAUCCAUGUAUAACAUAAUAUAAUAUAAACACAGUAACAUAAUACGAUACGACACUAAAUAAAAUGCCAUUUCUUUGCGUGCAAAAAUCAUUCGUUAAUGUAAUAAAACUCGAUUAAGCCGCUGAAAGAUGAAUAAAUUAUAGGUUUAAAUAACACAAGCCGUGUCCGUUCCGACUUAGGUCCGUACAAAACAAACACACAUACGCACAUUUUUUUUUUUAAAUGACAAAAAACUUAAAAUCCUAAUUCCCAGUUUUAUAUAUUAUAUUGUUGAGGUGGAGGGACAUAAUAUUAUAUAUUAAUGUAUGUACAUACGUGUACGUAUAGUGUAUCGAUUAAAAAUAGAUGUAGUAUAACUUUAAUUUAUUAUU